AUGGGAAAUUGCUACUUUUUAGCAAGUUUAUCAGCUAUAGCAGAAAAUCCAAAUAGAAUUAAAAAACUCUUUACUUAAGAAAAUAAUGAAUUAUCAUAUAACAAAGAAUUUGGUGUUUAUAAUAUUAAAAUUUGUGUUUAAGGUUAAUGGAAAAAUGUAAUUGUUGAUGAGUUUUUCCCCUGUAUUACAAAGUAAAGAGGUCCGGCUUUUACAAGAGGAAACGAUGGAGAAAUAUGGGUACUUCUCUUAGAAAAAGCUUGGGCUAAAGUAAACGGAUCAUACAGUGAGAUCGAAAAAGGUUUAACAAGAGAAUGUUUACAUGACUUUACAGGUGCUCCAGUAUUAUAACUAUGGUUAGAUGAUUCUUCGAACCAUGAUUAUGUAUGGCAUGAACUUUUGAGGGCAGAGAAAAAUAACUAUGUAAUGACUUGUGGGUCAGGGGAUGGAAAAUCACUAGCUGAUUACUAAAAAGUGGGAAUUCUUAAAGGAUAACCUUAUUCUUUAUUAGGCGCUUAUGAAAUAAAUGUUGAAGGAAAAGAAACAAGAAUCUUAAAAUUAAGAAAUCCUUGGCAAGUUGUUGAAUGGAGAGGAAAAUAUUCAGAUAAUGACGCAAACUUCAUGAAAUUAACUCAUUAAUAAAAAUAGUUAAUGGGCACUAAAGAAAAUGCAGAUGGAAGUUUAAGCUACAUAGAAGGUACUUAAAAAAGAGAUAGGGAAGUCUGGACAGCUUAACCUUAAGAUUAAGAAUUAGAAGCUGGAGUAUAUUAUAUUUAUACAAAAAUAGAUUGGAAUUAAUCAGAGAUAUAAGAUUUUGUUAUUAGUACUUAUGGUGUAAAUAAUACAAUUUUAACUGAAAUUACCAAAUAUGAAUGCCCUGAGUUUCUUAGAAAUAUUUAUAUUGAUCAUGCUCGUAAUGUUUCUAAAAAAUCUAAAAAGUUGAUGCAUAAUAAAAAUGCUUGGGUUCUUUUAGAAUAAACAGAUGAUGGAUAUUUCUAUUUAGCAAUUUAAAAUAGCACUGAUUAACCUAUGUAAUGUGAAUUUAAAUUCUCUAAAUUGGAAGGAUUAAAACUUAGAAAACCUUUUACUGGAAAAAUUUCUAACUUCACUGUACCAUCUAAUAAUUUUGAAGUAGUUUUGAUUAAAGUACUUGAUUACAAUGAUCUUUAGGGAAUUUAAAUUAAAUAAUCUAUUAUUUUUAAAUCAAAGGAUUAAAAUUGA